CCCCUCUCCUCGGUAAAUGCGCUUGCUGUGGCUACUCGGGUCUGUUAUCUUUUUACGCUAUGGAUGUUGUUGGCUGUGAGCUGCAGUGACGUUUAUCUGUUAAGAAACAUUAACAUGUCAGGAUCAUCACAUUAAUAUGGUCAUGCUGCCGGUAUGACUGCAGCACAUCGGCACAAUGGAGACACCAGGGAGGACUAUCAGCUACCACACAACAUACAUGAAUGAAGACCAGGACCAUUCUGUUCUGCCCUCCACAAUGUCCAUUGAUAAGCUCUUCCCGGCACUCCUGGAGUGCUUUGGAAUAAUCCUGUGUGGCUACAUCGCCGGGAGAGCCAACAUCAUCACAUCCACUCAAGCUAAAGGAUUGGGGAAUUUUGUGUCCAUGUUUGCCCUCCCAGCAUUGCUGUUCAAAAAUAUGGUACUGCUGGACUUUGGGAAUGUCAUCUGGCCAUUCCUCUGGAGCAUCCUCAUAGCCAAAGUGUGUGUGUUUUUCAUUGUUUGUGUCCUCACAUUGAUAGUUGCCAGUCCCGACAGUCGCUACAGUAAAGCUGGUCUCUUCUCAAUAUUUGCCACUCAGAGCAAUGACUUUGCUUUGGGAUAUCCUAUUGUUGAAGCCCUGUACAAGAGCACCAAUCCAGACUACCUUCAGUAUAUCUACUUGGUAGCACCGGUGUCCCUCAUGAUUUUAAAUCCCAUUGGUUUUGCUUUCUGUGAAAUCCAGAAGUGGAAGAAUCAGGGACACCACCAGCAGAGCAAACUUAGGAUUAUGGGAGUUGUAGUUUUUACAAGUGUUAAAAACCCCAUCGUGUUCAUGGUCAUAAUCGGCAUCAUCGCCCAUUUUGUCCUGCACCAGAUCCCUGCUUUUAUGGCUGAAUUUGUGGAUGGGCUUGCCAACUCUUUCGGGGGAGCAGCACUGUUCUACUUGGGUCUUUCCAUGGUGGGCCAGUUGAGGAAAUUAACCAGAUCCACUGUUGUGACGCUGAUACUACUGAUUACAGCAAAACUGUUGCUGAUGCCCCUCAUUUGUAAGGACAUGGUGGAUCUAUUGGACAAGAAUGUCAGUGCUCUCAACCACACAAGCCUCUCCAAUUAUGCCUUUCUUUAUGGAGGGUUUCCCACUGCGCCAAGCGUGGCCAUCUAUGCUAUAUACUACGGUGCUGAGCUAGAAGUUGUUACCUCUGGGAUGAUGAUCAGCACUUUUCUCUCCGCUCCGAUUAUGUACGUUUCUGCCUGGUUGCUUUCAGUCCGGGGGAUGGAUCAGCAGCUUUUGAUGGAUUCGUUGCAGAACGUUUGCUUUAACAUAAGCGUAGUGAGCUUGGUGGCUUUGGUGAAAACACUCACUGUCAUGUUUUUAAGCAAGAAGUUUAAGCGAAUACCUCACAUUUUAACAGUCAAACCUUUUCUUUGCACAGUUUCUUACAUGUAUCGUGAUGUUCCUGUGAACUUUGUGGCGAAGGACAACAGCUUAAUUGCGGUCUUGACUUUCACAUUGUUAUGCGCCUCACUCUACAGCACUUACAUAUGGCCAGGUUUAAUAGCACUCUGUCUCAUGCUCAUAAAAAAGUAUGAAGAUCUGGAAGUUUCACCAGGUCCUUUAGUCAUUGCCGGCUGGGGGGUUCCAGUCUCAAUAACUGCCGUAUUGUUACUUUCUGUGGAAAAUAUGCCCAACACGAUUGACUCUUCAUUCUUUUAUGGAAGACCACAGGUAAUCUGCAGCACAUUUGUAGUUGCUGUCAGCCUGCUGGUGGGAGGAGGUUCCCUGAUGUGUCUCAGUAGAGGCAGCUGGAACCAAAAUAACCAGAACAUAGAGGAAAGUACACCGUUUAGUACCGAAGAUGAUCUUGGGACUGAAAAUGACCCAGAAAACCAGAAUCUGAUGGAGCCAGCUGACCGAUCAGUAGGAAACAGUGAAGUGUGUCUCCUGUGUGACUGUGCAUCACCCCAACCCGUGUCUGCAAUCAGUAACAGGUCAGAUUUAAACGGCAUGCCAACCGCCCUCACAGGUCAGUGCGAGAGCAGGUGCGAGUCUUCAGAUUGUUUACUUACCCAAGCGGAGGAGCAGCAGCAGGCUGCAGACAGACAAGUUGCUCGUCAUGUGCUCUUGUGUCUUCUUCUGACUGUCAGUUUGCUUGCUAAUUUGUCCAGCUUUCUGUGGUUGUUGUUGAACCAAACUCCUGGCAGACUUUAUUUGGAGCUGCAGUUCUUCUGUGCGGUCUCCAACUAUGGACAGGGACUUCUCUCAUUUGCACUAUUUGGCCUGGACAAGCAUUUGAUUAUCACCCCAUUUAAGAAGAGGUUAAAAAGCCUGUGGAGUAAGAAGAAAAAAGAAGAGCAGCCACAGACUGAUUUACCAGAAGAUAUCAGGAUGACCUGCAAUCAGUUCAUGACGUACCAUAAGGACCAGUGUUUUCACGACAUUGUCCAGAAGACAAGGUGUGGGAAGAGGACUGUGGUGGACUGCUUUCUCGGCUGUGACCUAGUGGAGUGGCUCCAACUGGUGGGCUUGGCUCAGGACCGUGGCGAGGCGAUACUCUAUGGGACACGAUUAGAACAAGGUGGCGUUCUCCAACACAUCAAGCAGGAAUAUGGCUUUCAAGAUAGUCAACUUUAUUACCGCUUCACAACAUAAAGCCCAAAUGUUUGGCCAUCGCUUAAAAUUUAAUUUAUCCUGAAGUGGAUAACUUUUAUUUGAGUGCUCAACAUCUUCACAUGUGGCUGCAGAAUGAACAUCAGUGACCUCAGAAGACUAACGCAGCUGGCUGUUACUCCCUGUACACACCCAAAGACAAUGUACUAUUGUGCAACUCAACAUCACUAUUGCAGUAUGGGCAUUUUCAAAUGUGCCAAAAGGCCUUUAAUCCAUCAAGGUCACGCUACUUGGCUACUGCUAUGCAACAGUUAGUUUCUAGCUGCUCUUCUUUGUAAAACAAGAAGAUAUGGGUUCAGAGACUUUUUUUUUUUUUUUUUGGUUAUUUUAACAACCUGCAUCUUCUUUUUGUAAUAUUGGCUUUAUUUCCCAUCAGCUUCAUUUGCCUCACAUGCAGACUAAACUGCAACUGUACCUAAAAUACUAUUUCUGCUUAUUCAUUACAAAUGUGGCUGUAACUCACUAUGAGGGGCUGUGCCUGACAGACCACCCCCCUCAUUGGCAAUUGACCUAUAAUGCAUCAGUGGAGAACAACACUGGCCAACGCCUAGGAGGCUAAGGUCAUUUUGUGAGGUAGUAGUAGGCAGUCUCCAUGCUACUAGACACUCCUAAUGACAUUCACCUGUUCAGUGGCACCAAGAAGCUGUUCAUGCUGUGUUUAUAGAUGUUUCUUAUUGGGUUACUCGUGUCAGUGCUUCUACAAAGUAAAGUUUUAUCAAAGCUUCUUGGAAUAACAUCCAGAAGUACAAAAACAAGAGCUACACUAUAUAAUCAAAUUUUUCUUUCAAAAUAUGUUUUGAAGAAUAACAAAUGAGGGAUGUCAUUUUAUUAGCAAUUUCGAAAAUCAGGUGUCCUGAUGGGGAGGAACUGCGGUGAACGGUUUUGCAUCAGUGUCAGUUCAAGUUGGAACAGGUCAGGAAACUUGCAUACCAAAGUUGAGGAACAGUGACAUUAAGCAUUAGUUUGCUUUGAGCCAGUUUAAUGAUUGGACUAGUUUAACCAGUAAAAAUGAGAGGCCAUGCUGGUUUAGUGACCUACGGGUUAUUAUACUUGAGCACUGAC